GUCAGAGAAAGCUCAUGUAUCGUAGUUGUGGUCUGCGUUGUCGUUAUUUCAGGCUAAGACAUGCAUAAAGUGCAGACCCUGACGGAAGGACUCCAUUCCCCGGACAUCAUCGAGUUGGACCACUUCUACCCAAUUCUGCCGACAGCCACCCUUCUACGUUGAACAUGCCAGUUCACGACCUCCAUAAGCCACUGGAAGAUUGGGCCAAGAAGUGGAACAACAUCAGUGACGGGGAUUUUACAAAUGGUGAUGUGAGGCUAGAGGUUGAAACCAAGAAACUCCGUAUCAGAACCACAGACCCAAAGUUCUGCACUAAACCCUCGCUUGCUACUGGCUCUCAUUCUCCAUCUGGUGUCCUGUUCAAAUCCAAAUACAUGAACAGGACGAACGCCACCCAGGAACAUACAUUCAUCAUGGAGAGACAGACCGAGGCCACAGUCACGACCUCUUUGUCAAACGGCUUCACCAGAAACGGUAACGUUGGAAUACAGAUCAGCGUUCCUGACGAUGUCUCCAAUGCAACGGGCAGCUUCGGGUCGGACGUGAGCGUGGAGACAGAGGACGAGAACACGGUGAAGCACUCUGUGGGCUGGUCCGUCACCUCCAAGGUGAACGCCCUGCCUGGUAAGACAACGGUCGCCGUCCUCAGGAUUAAAGAGAAGACGUAUGACUUCACCUUCCAGGCCAAGGUCACCUUGAAGGGGCGGGUUCUGGUACGGAUCAUGGAUGGCAGCGGAACAGUUCUACGGGUCAUGGAGAAUGACCUGGCCACCAUCUUGGAUGAAGAUGACGAAUUCAAGCAAACACCGGGUGUCGCCGUUGACACCGGAUCAAGGAAGGUAACCUGGGACGUGACUGGGUCGCUUAACUUCCGGUUCGGUGUGUCGCAGGAAGUGGAGGUGUCCUACGAGGACGAGCAGAAGAAGUAAGUUCAGCAGAAGCAGUAACGUCACUCUAAUGGUGACACCCUUCUAACCAGACUCUGUUGGACGCUUGUUUAACUCCUUAUGCAGAUAUAACCCAAAGUUUGUGUGUCAACUUGUUACCAGGUCUGUCAGGACCCUGACUGCCAGUUAGUUCGGCCCACAAAUGAAACAUCUAUUUAUCUACGUCUGUAUGACGACUGAAAUAAAAUCAUGGUGAUUUU